CUAGCUAUAUUCCUCCCAUAACCAUGGAGAACACCGAGACUGCAAAACCAACCGCCACUGACUCCGAUGAUGACGAGUCACCAAUCGAGGAAGUCCGUCUAACCGUGUCCACCGCCGACGAUCCAUCGAUGCCGGUAUGGACUUUCCGGAUGUGGUCCCUCGGUAUCCUGUCUUGUGUGAUCUUAUCUUUUCUCAACACAUUCUUCAGCUACCGAACCGAGCCUCUUGUGAUCUCCAUGAUCUCAGUUCAAGUUGCCACUCUGCCCAUCGGGCGGUUCAUGGCCGCGGUCCUUCCCACAAAAAAAUAUCGUGUUUUAGGGUUUGAGUUUUCGCUCAAUCCUGGGCCGUUUAACAUGAAAGAACAUGUUCUGAUAUCGAUAUUUGCGAAUGCUGGAUCCGCUUUUGGAGGUGGAUCCGCAUACGCUGUUGGGAUUGUUAGUAUCAUUAAGGCUUUUUAUCAUCGAAAAAUAUCCUUCAUUGCUGGUUGGAUACUUGUUAUCACUACGCAGGUACUAGGAUACGGAUGGGCAGGUGUAUUGAGAAAAUAUGUUGUGGACCCUGCUGAAAUGUGGUGGCCCGCAUCUCUUGUUCAAGUGUCUCUUUUCAGGGCGCUUCACGAGACAGAUGCAUCGUCACGAAUGACGAGAGCAAAGUUCUUUGUAAUCGCUCUCGUAUGUAGUUUCUCAUGGUAUGUCUUCCCCGGCUACCUGUUCCUGUCACUCACUAGCUUCUCGAUCCUCUGUCUAGUGUUCCCAAAAUCUAUAACAGCCCAACAAAUCGGUUCAGGCAUGAGAGGGCUCGGGUUUCUAUCAUUCACGGCAGAUUGGUCAGUGAUAGCAUCGUAUUUGGGAAGCCCACUCGUGACACCAAUUUUCGCUACUAUAAAUGUUUACAUUGGCUUCAUAAUCAUGAUGUACAUUUUAAUCCCUAGCGCUUAUUGGGGAUUUAAUAUGUAUAGUGCCAAAACAUACCCAAUUUUCUCGUCGCAUCUAUUUGAUCAUCGAGGACAAGUUUACAAUGUGUCCGCUAUUGUCAACAAAGAUUUUGAGAUAGAUAUGCCCAAGUACCAGGAACUAGGCCAGCUACAUAUGAGCAUGUUUUUCGCUGUCACUUAUGGUAUUGGUUUUGCAGCUGUUAUCUCUACCCUUACGCACGUCGCCUUGUUUAAUGGGAGAGAAAUAAUGAGCCAAUAUCGAGCUUCGAAAAAUGCCAAGAAGAUAGAUGUUCAUACAAAGCUCAUGAAGAAAUACAAAGACAUACCCGAAUGGUGGUUUUAUUUGCUUGUUAGUGCUUCCUUUCUUCUGUCGCUUGUGCUUUGUGUUUUCAUGAGAGAUGAAGUCCAAAUGCCAUGGUGGGGACUCGUCGCAGCUUGUAUUCUUGCAUCCGCUUUUACUCUUCCAAUUAGCGUGAUAACUGCUACUACGAAUCAGACCCCAGGGCUAAAUAUCAUUACAGAGUACUUGAUGGGACUAGUAUAUGCGGGAAGGCCCAUAGCUAAUGUUACUUUCAAAACAUAUGGCUAUAUCAGUAUGGCUCAAGCCGUCUCAUUCCUUAACGACUUCAAGCUAGGCCAUUACAUGAAGAUCCCACCUCGUUCUAUGUUUCUGGUUCAGUUCAUUGGAACCGUUAUCGCAGGGACAAUAAACAUCUCUGUUGCAUGGUGGCUACUAACAACGAUCGACAACAUAUGUCAAGAUCACCUACUUCCUCACGGUAGUCCAUGGACUUGUCCUGGGGAUCGUGUAUUUUAUGACGCAUCUGUCAUAUGGGGACUUGUAGGGCCCAAAAGAAUAUUUGGUUCUCUUGGACCUUACGGCGCCCUGAAUUGGUUCUUUUUGGGUGGUUUUCUUGGACCCGUCUUCAUAUACUUAUUACAUAAAGCGUUCCCAAGCCAAAAAUGGAUCAAACUCAUCAACUUGCCAGUAAUUUUUGGGGCUUGUGCGGUGAUGCCUCCAGCGACGCCAAUCAAUUUCAACAGUUGGGUUUUUGUUGGCAUAGUUUUCAACUUCUUUGUACUCAAGUAUCGAAAGAAAUGGUGGCAAAAGUAUAACUAUGUUCUGUCUGCUGCGCUUGAUGCUGGUUUGGCUUUCAUGGGGAUACUUCUAUACUUCUGCCUCUCCAUGUCUGGUAUCGGAAUUUCUUGGUGGGGUACAGCCGGCGAGCAUUGUCCUUUGGCUACUUGUCCAACUGCCAAAGGCGUCCUCAUCGAAGGGUGCCCCAUCACAUGAAAUUUAUCUGAUGGUAGUAUU